GUAAUGGCGAUAGCUCGGAAACAGAACACAAAAGAGUGGUUAGUUCAUUACAAACGUCUCGUUAAAGCCAACUUCAAUGUUGAAGAGCAAACUAUUUCUGCAAGUCACGUGAUUCUGGGUGCGGGAGCCCUGGGCUCAACAAAGAUCUUAUUGCGUUCCAAAAACCGUGGCUUGAAUAUUUCGAGUUCAAUUGGGAAGCGAUUUUCUACGAAUGGUGACAUGCUUGGAUUCAGCUAUGACGGUAAUAAGGUGGUCAAUUCAAUUGGCGUGAAGACAAAAGAUAUGAUUGGUUCAAAGAGCGAUAACCCACCAGGUCCAUGUAUAACAACUGUGAUGGAUUUAAGAACUAAUAAAGAACUAACGAAGAAUUACAUACUUGAAGACGGUAUUCCACCUUCUUCCAUUGCUUUUCCUUAUUCUCUAUGGCUUACUGCAGCUGCAAAGCUCCAAUAUGACCUAGAUCUUGAUAAAACUAAUGAAGCCCCACCUAUGAAAAAAUCUCUGGUAUUCCUUGGCAUGAGUAAUGAUAAAUCAGGUGGCAAGAUAAUGUUCCAUACGAAUACAGAUGACAUCAGUGUUAGUUAUAAGAAUAUCCGUUCAGAGUCAAACUUUAAAGAAGUGUUGGAAGGCAUGAAAAAUGUCACAAAUGAGCUUGGUGGAAAGUUUGUAGAGAAUCCAAUGUGGAGCAAACUUCUUGGAAGAAGCAUUUUCACAGUACAUCCGUUAGGAGGAUGUCCAAUGGCAGACUCGGGUCAAACUGGAGUUGUAAACAAUGCUGGUCAAGUUUUUGAUGGAGACUCUGAUCAAGUAUACAAAGGUUUAUAUGUGGUAGACGGUGCUAUAAUUCCUACGUCUGUCGGAGUUAAUCCUACUCUGACUAUUGCGUGCGUUGCUGAGCGUUGUGUGCGACUAUUGGCUGAGAGAGAAGAAUGGAAGAUCAAUUACAAGUUUCGGCAUUUAAGCGAGAAUGAAUUCAGAGAGCAACGAAUUGGCAUUUCGUUUACAGAGAUGAUGGUAGGAAAAUUUACCUCAAGUGCAACAAAAGUGGAAGAAGCCUGUGAAUUUAAGCUGACGAUUGAAUCCAACGAUUUGAAGAGAAUGUUGGAAUGUGAUCCCGAUCAUGUUGCAAAUAUCAGUGGAACAGUCACAUGCCAUGCUCUUGCGUCAUCACCCUUGACUGUUUCUGACGGUUACUUCGAAUUAUUCAGUCCAGCUGAUGAUGACAGUCCAACGAAUGAAUCAAAACAGAUGGUUUAUAAAAUGAUUUUGAAUGAUGCAAAAAGCAAUUCGACAUUUUCUUUCUACGGCGUCAAGCACAUUCAUAAGGAUCAUUUUUGGAAUAUUGGUCUACGAAACACGACGGAGCUGUUCGUCGAUAUUUACACUGGAGAUGAUUUCUCUGGAGAUUUGCUGGGCAAAGCAAAGCUCUACAUAACGCUUCCUAACUUUUUAAAACAGUUACAAACCAUUGAAAUCACUCACACACAAAGCGUUGAAGAGAAAGCAGUCUGGCUUGGAAAGUUUGUUUGGUUUUUUGUCAAGACUAUUUGGAAUGUCUACCGUCCAGGAUUCUUAAAACAUCUUUUGAGUAGAUAUGAUUUGGCAGAACCACAAACCAGAGUUAGAAGAGCGCUUAAGUUGAAUGGAGCUUUCCCAGUGCUACAUGAGAUUACAACAAAAGAUGACUUUGAUAUUUUGCUGACUCGAUACGAAGGAGGGAGAAAGGGACCAGUCGUAAUGUUCCAUGGUGCAGGCGUUAGCAGUAUGAUAUUUUCUUUAGACACUAUUGAUACGAAUCUUGUUGAAUAUCUCAUGAAUCACGAUUAUGAUGUUUGGUUGGUCGACUGGCGAGUAUCGUGUGAUUUACCGCUGAUGGCUAAAAGAGAAUAUACAUUGGAUGAUUGCGCCAAGUAUGACUACCCAGCAGCCAUUGAUAAAAUACUGGAAAUUACUAAUAAGAACAAAGUCCAAGUUGUUGCUCACUGUGCUGGCUCUCUUGUCCUAUUUGCCUCACUUCUGUCAGGUGCCCUGGAUGGUAAAGUGAGUAAUGUCAUAGCGAGUCAAGUUGCAGCCAAUCCCAUUCCAUCAAAAUUCAAUUGGUACAAGUCGCAUUUAUAUUUUGCUGAAGUUGGUUAUACUGUCGGAUUAGAGGGCUUAACUGUAGAUACAAAUGAAAAUGCAUCAUUUUUUAAUCGGAUGUUCAACAGUUUUUGCAAGAAAAUUGUCCAUCUAGCUAUUGAAAAAAGUGAACGAAUUGAAGACCCUGUUUUCGAUAGAAUUACAUUCUUGUACGGCUUGCUAUGGGAGAGCAAAAAUCUUAACGAUUUAACCCUCAGCUCUUUAAACGAAUUCUUCGGUUAUUUGACAUCUUUGGUGAGUUGCCAGCUUACUUUGACAGUGAGAAAAGAGAAAUUGGUCUCUGCUGAUGGAAAAGACAUCUAUUUGCCUGACAGUCACAUAGGAUUGCAGUCGCCAGAGUAUAAAAGGCACAUUGGUCGUCUGAAUUUACCAAUCCGUUUUCUUGCCGGUGAAAAGAAUCAAUGUUAUUUGCCGAAAAGUACACGCACCACCUUUGAACUUGUCAAAAAAGCACAUCCUCAUCAAAAUUAUUCUAUGAUAACAAUCCCAGAUUACGGCCAUCUCGAUUGCAUAAUCGGAAAGCAUGCUGCGAGUCAUGUUUAUCCUUAUAUUCUGGAAGCGCUGGAGCAAUAUUCCAAUAACUAACUACUAGCUAAAUCAAAAUUUAGCUUGCUUGUCAUUUUUUAGAACCGUUGUUAUAGAAUUUACAUUUAUGUUAAUUAACAUUUUAUAAGCAAGGCAAUUUGUAUAGUCUAAAUUGAACCUCGCUUUCAACCCUUAUGUUAUAAAAUUUUGAUUCACUUUG